UUCAUUUUACAGUUUGCAACGAAAACGAGCUCUAACCUAACGAACAACUCAAAAUGAUGUUGCUCAAGAAGUUCUCCACCUGUUUGAUGAUAUGUCUGGUUCUAUUGGCAUGCUGUAUGCAGGAAACAGAGGCCACGCGACGCGUGAAUCGCGGACGACGCACACUCACACGCAGAUACUUCACUGGCCUUGCCAUACCUGGCUGGGCAGUAGUCACCUGUGUUGCUGUUGCAGAGCUCCUGCUAGGUGCUGCUCUCUAUUUUGCCAUGUAUAAGAUAAUUCUGGACAAGGAACCAGAGCAGGCAAGCACCUAUACACCGGCACCAACGCACGAUCCGUCAUCUGGUACAGCGCAGCCAGUGCAACCGGCGCAGCCCAUGCAGCCACUACAUCCAGUGCAGCCAGUACCGGUGACACCUUCGCAUGCCACGACUAUUGCCUAAAAAAAUAUCCGGAAGCGCUAAUCGAUAGCUCGUGUCAUUGAGUCAAUUAAAAAACAAACCA